AUGGCUGCGUCUUCCAACUCCGCGCUGGCUGACCAGGCCCCUUUCAACCGAUAUCCUCCCUGGGUGUUGUCCAAACUCCGCCCCCAAGCCGUCGAUCUCAUCCAACGAGUCUAUCAGUGGGUGGAGACAGAAUGCAUUCCUGCAGAGCAGAUUAUGAAAGCUCAAGUGACCAAGGAUCGAUGGAAGACGCCUCCGUUGAUGCACCAGCUCCGCAAAAAGGCCAAAUCGCAGGGUUUGUGGAACAUUUUCCUGCCCAACCAUUUCAAAGAAUCACCGGGACUCACUAAUCUCGAGUAUUCGUGCUGCGCUGAGAUCAUGGGCCGGACUUACUGGGCUGCCCAGACGAUGAACUGCCACGCGCCCGAGACGGGCAAUAUCGAGCUGCUCGCCAAAUACUGCACCGACGCUCAGAAGGAGAAGUGGCUCAAGCCCCUCAUGAAUGGCGAUUUCUCGUCCGCGUAUUCCAUGACUGAGCCCGACCGGGCGUCCUCCGAUGCGACCAACAUCGGCUGCCGCAUAACACGCGACGGCGACGAGUACGUCAUCAAUGGACGUAAACUGUACGGCAACGCGCAGUGGAACGAGGAGAUGAAAUUAUAUAUCUUGAUGGCAUGCUCCGACCCAGACAAUCCGGACCCUUGGAGACGGCACACGACUAUUCUAGUCCCCAGCGACUCGCCCGGCCUUAUCAUGAAGCGCAACCUGACCAUCAUGGGCUACGAUCACGCGCCUGAUGGCCACGGCGAAUACCUCUAUCAAAACGUACGCGUACCGAAGGAAAAUGUGAUCUUGGGUGAGGGCCGCGCCUUUGAAAUCGCCCAAGGCAGACUUGGGCCUGGCCGUAUUCAUCAUUGCAUGCGUCUGAUCGGACAGUGCGAGCGGGCGUACGAACUGGCGCUGCUCCGGUGCCGAGAUCCACGGAAGAAGCCCCGCGGCAAGUUCAUUGGCCAGUUUGACAGCAACAUUGAGCGGCUGGCCAGUAUGAGGCUGGAGAUUGAUGCCAUGCGCCUCGUUGUUCUCAAUGCCGCGGACACCAUGGACGACCGCGGCAACAAGGCCGGGCGAUAUGUGAUUGCACAGUCGAAGAUCCUCGUGCCAGUCGCGGCGACCAAGAUCAUCGACGAGUGCAUGCAGAUCUAUGGCGGUCAAGGCCUGACCCAGCACACGCCGCUCCCUGAGAUCUGGACCUAUGCUCGCUUCGUCCGGGUUGCCGACGGGCCUGACGCCGCACACCGACAUCAAGUCGGCCGAGAUCAGCUGAAGCAGUUCGACGGCGUCAGGAAACGACAUCAAGAUUACGUUGAGAGGGCGAGGGAGUUGAGAAAGCAGUGGGGAAUAGAGAACCCAGACGGAGAGUUUGAGUGGGAAUAUGUCCCGCCCAAGGAUACCACAGCAGUUCCCAGAUUGUAA